AUGGCCGGCGACAGCGGCAGCAGCAAGACUCCGCCACCAGCGGCUGAGGACGACGAGGUCCCCGUGGCAGCGGACAAGGCGCUACACGCGCUGGGCUUCGAGUUCACGCGCAUCGGCGCGCGCGAGGUCGCCGGCCGCCUCCCCGUCACCGACACCUGCUGCCAGCCGUUCGGGGUGCUCAACGGCGGCGUGUCGGCGCUGGUCGCCGAGUCCACGGCCAGCGUCGGCGCGUACAUGGCGUCCGGGUACCGGCGGGUGGCCGGCGUGCAGCUGUCCGUCAACCACCUCCGCCCCGCCCGCCUCGGCGACGUCGUCCGCGCGAAGGCCGCCCCCGUCCAGCUCGGCCGCAGCAUCCAGGUCUGGGAGGUGCAGAUAUGGCGAGCAGACCCUUCCACAGAGGAGUGCAAAGAUCUGGUGUCGACGGCAAGAGUUACCAUGUUGAUAAAAAAACCCAUCAAGACCAGAGGAGAUGUCGACCCACGAAGCAAGCAUUAA